AGCGGGGCCGGCGCGGUUCCCCGCCCUUCCUGCCGCGGCCGCGGGACGCGCCGCCCGCGGGCACGGAGCGCGGCGGCGGGCGGAGCGGGGCGCGCCCGCCCCAUGCACCGGAGCCAUGAGGGCGGGCAGCCCCGGGGCCCGGGCCGCCGCGCCCGGGCCGGCGCCGAGGCGGGCAAGGUGAGCGCCGCCGCUGCUGUCGUCGGGGCCGGGAGCGGGGCGGUUUAUAUAGGGUGCCCCGCGCUCGCCCGGCGCAUGGAGCCGCAGCCUCCCUCUCCCGCUCUCUCCCGCAAGGUGAUGCCGCCGGAGCCGCUGCCCAAGGGGAGCGUCCGCUGCCUCGACCCGCACACCCGCACCAUGUCGCAGCCCGACGGGGAGCCGCUGCCCGGCGCCCUGGAGAAGGAGGACGCCCGCUCAGCGCCCAGCACACCCUCCACCCCGUCUGUCUGCUCCCCGCCAUCCUCCUCCUCCUCCACGCCAUCGGCCGGAAAGAACGUCUGCUCCAGCUGCGGGCUGGAGAUCCUCGACCGGUACCUGCUCAAGGUGAACAACCUCAUCUGGCACGUCCGCUGCCUGGAAUGCUCCGUGUGCCGCACCUCGCUGCGGCAGCAGCACAGCUGCUACAUCAAGAACAAGGAGAUCUUCUGCAAGAUGGACUACUUCAGCCGGUUCGGUACCAAGUGUGCCCGCUGCGGCAGGCAGAUCUAUGCCAGCGACUGGGUGCGGCGAGCGCGGGGCAAUGCCUACCACCUUGCCUGCUUCGCCUGCUUCUCCUGCAAGCGGCAGCUCUCCACCGGUGAGGAGUUCGGCUUGGUGGAGGAGAAGGUGCUGUGCCGGAUUCACUAUGACACCAUGAUUGAGAACCUCAAGCGAGCAGCAGAAAACGGCAACGGGAUCACGCUGGAGGGGGCUGUGCCCUCGGAGCAGGACAGCCAGCCCAAGCCAGCCAAGAGAGCCCGCACCUCCUUCACCGCCGAGCAGCUGCAGGUCAUGCAGGCACAGUUCGCUCAGGACAACAACCCCGACGCACAAACGCUUCAGAAGCUGGCAGACAUGACAGGGCUGAGUCGGAGAGUCAUUCAGGUUUGGUUUCAAAACUGCAGAGCCCGCCAUAAAAAACACACCCCCCAGCACACGGUGCCACCCUCGGGAGCCCCCCCGUCCCGCAUCCCCUCCUCGCUCUCGGAUGACAUUCACUACUCGCCCUUCAGCAGCCCGGAGCGGGCCCGGAUGGUAACGCUGCACGGAUACAUUGAAAGUCAGGUACAGUGUGGACAAGUGCACUGUAGACUGCCCUACACUGCUCCGCCAGUGCACCUCAAAGCAGACAUGGAAGGACCACUGUCUAAUAGGGGUGAGAAGGUCAUCCUCUUUCAGUACUGACCGCGCAAACUCUUCCUCACCUGCCCCUGGCGCUACCAGCACCGCUGCCCCUCAGCCGCUGAAACGCAGCGUCCAGCCCGAGGCACCGGGUGUCAGUCACGCGGGAGAAACUCCGAUCCAGCAUUCUCAGUUCUUUCCAUUGACCAGCAUCUCACAUCCACUCUGAUUUCUCCAGCGACACUCUGUGUAUGUGUGUGUUGAGUGCAGAGUUACAUUUUUCACUUGUUUCUUGUGGACUUGUAGAAUGACCGUGAGUCUCUCCAGGGCAAUGCCAGACACAGUCAAAAUUAGUGACUCUGCUGUGCUUGCAAACCUUGCUCCCAAACCCAUGGGAAUAUGAACAAAGCGGAACAUGCCGAGUCUCGGGGGGGUCGAUGAUCACCUCUGAAUAUGAAGGAAGGAGGAAUUUACGUGGUUUGGCCUGAUUCUCUUUUUGCACCAGUGAAGCGCUGUCGGUUCCCGGACAUCCCUCCUUAUUUCCACUUGCACGUGUGAAAUCUGAAAUGGGCUUUUUUGGCUCAGCAACUUGAUAUAUACACAGACCUUCCUGAGCCAAACUCGCAGGUAGCUGAGACUCCACUAAGUGGAAAACAUGAUGCCAGCUGGAAAUAGGCAGUUUUCCUUCCUCCUCGAAGUGCUUUAGAAUCACAUGUCCUUUGAUUUACUCCAAGGUAAGUAAAUCUUAGUGUUUUUCCCCCCAAUUUAUAGGAGGGGAAACCGAAAUGUCCUAAACUGAGAGGAUCCGUGGGGGUUGGUGGCAGAGCCAAGUUUAGCACCCUGAAGUUUGUGAUUGCCGACUUGUUCUUAGAGCACCGAGUAUCUCUCUCCUCUCACAGCCAUCUGCCAAAUCUUUUUAAAUCCUUUUUUUAUUCUUGCUCUUUAUUAACAAGCUACUUUAUUUCCUUGGAGUCAUAUUGGAUCACAAAUGAGUGAUUUCAGAAUGUACCUACACAAAACUCUUAGACACUCCAUACUCUGGGACUGGGAAAUCCCGAAUGGAAGCUGACCAGAAAUGCGUAGAAAUGUUCUGCCCUGGUGUGGACCCCAGUGCAGUCAGUGGAAACAGUGGGGUAGAAACCAGAGGCCAGUUAAAAAGGCGAAAACUGCAAUAAGGCCAGCAGGACAGCGGCUAACGGAGCGGACAGCAAGGUGAUGGCGCAUUCCUGUGUUGCUCUGAGUCCCAGUGCUGUCCCUCGCUGGUGUUUGCUGCAGCAAAGGAAGCACUCAGCCCCAAAUCCGGGAAAAAAACCCGAAAUGAUCCUUCAUUGACGGGAAUAACAAAAAGUAAACAAGUAAGCUUUGCCAGCCCUUCUCUGUUCGCGCUUGGCCAGGAGCAGGUCUGUAAGGAAACCUCUCUCUGUGCAAGCACACGGGUCUGUCUUGCUGCGCGCGGUCUGUGAGGCUGUGCUUCCAGCAACGGGAAAGGCCACCCCGAGCCACCAUUAGCACGUAAUGUGACCGAACUGUGCCUGGGGAACAGAAGACAUGGAUCCAUACAUCACACAGCUUGUUUUUAAUUGGAACUGUAGAGACGUGUGGUUUUCUCUGGAUCCUGGAUCACUCUGCAGCAUUGGCUGGGUGGGCAGCCGUCCCGCCGGUUUGGCCAGUCGGUGUUGCACGCGUGGCAAACCUUCUCCUGCCCGUGUCCCUGAGCUCUGUGUGAUACCAGCGCUGCACGCGUGGCCCCGGGUGACGGUGAGGCACGCUCGCCACGCCGGCUGUGGAGGGGACAGCAUGAGGGGCCCAGGUGGCCACCAAGACCUCGUGGUUUGAGAAGUAACCGAAUGCAAGCAUGCAUCGAUACUGGUCGGAACAAAUAUAUAUGUACAUACACACAUACCUCUGUGUGUGUAUAUAUAUAUUAAAAAAAAAUACAGAGAGAGAGAAUGAUGGCAAUAACUUGGCCAGUUGGGUCAGUAUUCUGCCUAAUUGCAGCCAGCAGUCAGCAGCUCUAUCCCAAAUUUAAAAUAACAUUUGAAAGGUGAGAAGAAAUUAAGUUUGCAAGGUAUUAUUGUCACCUCCUGGUGUGCAAAUAGCCAUUUGCAGUGUGUAGCCAGUGACGAGGCGCGCCAGCCCUGACUGGAGCCACCGCUGCCCAAGUGUCCCCUCGGGGAGGGAACAGCCACCAGUUGAACCCGUUGCAGUCACUUUUCUUCAUGUCUGUAGCCAUGAGAGCAGGACGGGUGGUCCCUUCAUUGGCUAUUGGAGCAUUUGUGACCGUGAGGUUGCAGUGGGUUGUGGUGUCCACACACAACAGCCUUGAGAUGCUGGUGUUGGUCAGCAGGGUCACCGGGGCCCAGCGUUCUUCUCCGUUUGUGCUCGCGCAUCCUAAUGACGGUUUAGUUGUGGAAUUAGUGCCAUAAAUGAGUGCGUAGCUAUUUCACUGAAGACUGAAGGAGAGACUUCAGGCUCUAGCUUGACCUGACAUCCCACAGUACUUGAGAUUCCCACAACUGUUUGGCUGAGGGAGGAAACGGUUUGUUGCAUUUCUCUUCUGUCUCGGCGGUGCGUUGAAAGGGAAACUCUUUCAUAUAUACCUGCUAAAUAUCAACUUAGUUACUGAUCAAAAAAAGCCCACUUGUGAAAUGUACUGUAUAUCGAGGUUGUGGUAACGGACGGGGCUGGCGGGGCCGAGGGUGCGGGUGCUGCUCCGGGGGCACCGGCUCUGCCGGGGGGCACGUCCCCCCAAUGGGUAGCCAGGAGCAGCUUUGCUAAUUCAGAAAUCAUUCAGAAUGCUCUGUUUAUAUUAAGCCCAAAUUGUUUGCAAAAACUGGAAGCAAUUCAGCUUGUGCAGUUUUUAGAGCUAAUUAUGUGUAUGGAAAAUACUCAACUGUACCCAAGAAUGUAAGAAAUCCUCUAAUUUAUUCAGUACAUUGUUUCACAACGUAUUUCACACUGACUGUUGCCACUGAACCAAACCUUAUCUCAGGUCAUUUGCAUUCAUCUCCUGUCUGUAGAUUAAAAAGAAAAUAAAAUGAAAAUCAUUCUCA